GCUGUAUUAUCUUCCUUCUCGACAGAUGAGAGAACAAGAGAGGCAAGCCUCAGGCGGUGGAGAGAUGUUUUUCAUGCGCACCCCUCAGGACCUCACAGGCAAAGAUGGCGACAUUAUUCUUGCAGAAUACAGUGAGGAAAAUGGACCAUUAAUGAUGCAAGUUGGCAUGGCAACCAAGAUAAAAAACUACUAUAAACGGAAACCCGGAAAAGAUCCUGGAGCCCCAGAUUGCAAAUAUGGAGAAACUGUUUAUUGCCACACCUCUCCUUUCCUGGGCUCGCUUCAUCCUGGCCAGUUACUGCAGGCAUUUGAAAACAACCUUUUUCGUGCUCCAAUUUAUCUUCAUAACAUGCCAGAGAGUGACCUCCUGAUCAUUCGAACACGGCAGGGUUACUAUAUUCGAGAAUUACUGGAUAUUUUUGUGGUGGGCCAGCAGUGUCCCUUGUUUGAAGUUCCCGGUCCUAACUCCAAAAGGGCCAAUACACACAUCCGAGACUUUCUUCAGGUGAGGUGUUUAUUUUACCGCCUCUUUUGGAAGAGUAGAAAUACGCCACGGAGGAUCCGGAUGGAAGUUAUAAAGAAAGCCUUUCCUUCACAUUCAGAAAGCAGCAUCCGGAAGAGGCUAAAGCUCUGUGCUGACUUCAAACGUACAGGGAUGGAUUCAAACUGGUGGGUGCUGAAGUCUGAUUUUCGUUUACCAACGGAAGAGGAGAUUAGAGCCAUGGUAUCACCAGAACAGUGCUGUGCUUAUUAUAGCAUGAUAGCUGCAGAGCAGAGACUAAAGGAUGCUGGCUAUGGAGAGAAAUCCUUUUUUGCUCCCGAGGAAGAAAACGAAGAAGAGUUCCAGAUAAAGAUUGAUGACGAAGUUCGUACGGCUCCUUGGAAUACUACAAGGGCUUUCAUUGCUGCCAUGAAGGGCAAAUGUCUCCUGGAGGUGACUGGAGUAGCAGAUCCCACAGGCUGUGGUGAAGGGUUCUCCUAUGUGAAGAUUCCAAACAAACCAACACAGCAGAAGGAUGAUAAGGAGCCCCAGCCAGUGAAAAAGAUAGUCACAGGAACAGAUGCAGACCUUCGUCGUCUGUCUCUGAAAAAUGCAAAGCAGCUUCUUCAAAAAUUUGGUGUGCCUGAGGAAGAGAUUAAAAAGUUGUCCCGCUGGGAAGUUAUUGAUGUAGUACGCACAAUGUCAACCGAACAGGCUCGCUCUGGAGAGGGCCCCAUGAGUAAAUUUGCCCGUGGAUCAAGGUCUGUGGCUGAGCAUCAAGAGCGUUACAAAGAAGAAUGUCAGCGCAUCUUUGACCUGCAGAACAAGGUUUUGUCGUCAGCUGAAGUCUUAUCAACCGACACAGACAGCAGCUCAGCUGAAGACAGUGACUUUGAAGAAAUGGAAAAGAACAUCGAGAACCUGCUACAGAACAAGAAAACAAGCUUUCAGAUAUCUCGCGAACGGGAGGAGAAGGAGCGCAAGGAACUCCAGCGGAUGCUGCUGGGUGAGGGGGAUUCUCAGACAAGAAAAGAAAAGGAUCAAAGACAGAGCUUGGCAGCAGGAAACAGUCACAGAGAUGAUGACACAACAUCAGUGACCAGCCAUAACUCGCCUGCCGUUGGCCGCUGUCUCAAGAUUUAUCGAACAUUUCAAGAUGAAGAUGGGAGGAAGUAUGUUCGUUGUGAGAGAGUCCGAGAACCGGAUGUUAUUGAUGCUUAUGUACACAUACGGACCACAAAAGAUGAAGAAUUCAUUCGAAGAUUUGCCCUUUUUGAUGAGCAACAUCAAGAAGAGAUGCGGAAAGAACGGCGGAGGAUUCAAGAGCAAUUGAGGAGACUCAAACGGAACCAGGAAAAGGAGAAGCUGAAGGGUCCUCCUGAGAAAAAGCCAAAAAAAAUUAAGGAACGUCCUGACUUAAAACUGAAAUGUGGAGCAUGUGGUGCCAUCGGGCACAUGAGGACAAAUAAAUUCUGCCCCCUUUAUUAUCAAACAUAUGCUCCACCUUCUAACCCUGUUGCCAUGACAGAGGAACAGGAGGAGGAGCUGGAAAAGACAGUCAUUCCUAAUGAUAAUGAAGAACUUAUAAAGGUUGAAGGGACCAAGAUUGUUUUGGGAAAACAGCUGAUUGAGAGUGUGGAUGAAAUUCGUAGAAAAUCCCUGGUCCUGAAGUUCCCUAAACAACAACUUCCUCCCAAGAAGAAACGGCAGGCUGGAAACACUGUUCACUGUGACUAUUUGAAUAGACCUCAUAAAUCUAUUCACCGGCGCCGGACAGACCCUAUGGUGACACUGUCUUGUAUCUUAGAGUCUAUCAUCAAUGACAUAAGAGAUCUUCCCGAUACAUACCCUUUCCAUACUCCAGUUAAUGCAAAGGUUGUAAAGGACUACUACAGAAUCAUCACUCAGCCAAUGGAUUUACAGACACUCCGUGAAAAUGUGCGCAAACGCCUCUAUCCAUCUCGGGAAGAAUUCAGAGAACAUUUGGAACUGAUUGUGAAAAAUAGUGCAACCUAUAAUGGGCCAAACCACUCACUGACUCAGAUUUCUCAAUCCAUGCUGGAUCUCUGUGAUGAGAAACUCAAAGAGGUGCAUCCCACCUUCAGCCAGCCAGCUGAAAGCAUCUCACAGACUGCUCUGAAGCAUGAAUCCUAAAGGACUAGGCCAUCUGGUCUCUGCAAGGCUGGGCAGCCAAUUGCUCAGUAUCAGGCUUGAUCAUAGUGCACGGUCAUUCUGUCAUCAGCAGUAGAGAUAAGCAAAGGUAUCGUAACAAACAGUCUUUUAAAUCGAUUACUAUUAUAGGCCAAGACUUAGGUAACAGGGAAGGUAAAGGAAUUCGAGGCUGUAAAUGACCCAUUGUUUGGAUUACCUUAUUUACUGCUCUCAAAUCUGUUAUCUUCCAGCUCCCUGACUUCUU